AUGAUGGAACUAAUUGAUUUCUUUUCUACUUUUAUGACGGCUGAUAUGAUACGUAAUAUAGUUGGACAUACAAACGAAGAAAUUGUAUUGAGAAGUUCAAAAUAUAAAGAGCAAACCGCAACAAUUUCAUCAACAUGCGAAGAAGAAUUGACUGCUUUGUUAGGAUUGCUUCUUUUGUCAGCUGCGAAAAAAGACAAUCAUCUCACCAGCUUGGAACUAUUUGAUCCUACAUUUAGUGGAACCCGAUACAUAUCGCUUGUUAGAGAACGAGAUAUAAUACAGUGCCAGUGUAAAGAUGAUAACACGUUGUGCGUUACAGAGGAAGCGUCAUUCCGAGACACCUCAGUCUCGGUCAGCGAAGAUGUUUCGCAGCGAAGGCAAACCAUCAUCAGUUUCCGGAUCAGGAAUGCAGCCUUCCUCGUUACACAGCACACGGAGUCCACCGGAACUAAGAAAAUGGCUCCGCAGUGGAUUUAUCUUUUGAAAAAACCAUCGUUGGACACUUGUAAUACGUGUGACUCAUAUAAAAUGAAAAUUAAAUUGGCUUUACCGUCAGAUAUAGAAAAUCCAAAACAAGAACUUGAAGCCCACCAAAUACAAGCAGAUUCAGCUUAUGCAAUAAAAAAAGAAAGACAAGGAGGAAUGUACAGAUGCGAAAAAGGAGACUGGUACAAUUUGGUAAGAUUGACAAGUUCAAAUAUUAUUGUGAUUAUCAUGAGAAAUGAUAUGUUUCUUGAUUUUGCAAGUUUGUACAAGGGUCCACUGCAAUUAAGGAAGGUCGAUUCAUCUGGAGAAAAGUUUAUAUGGCAUGAUGUGAAAUGGUUCCGGUACAGUGGUGAAAAUGAAUCAGGCACAAUACAAUUUAAAACAAGCAUAGACUCGCCUGAAUUCGAAAAUAUUUCUUUUAGUAGAAGAGGCAAAGCAAACGAACCGUAA